UUUAAAUGAAACCCAGUCAGCCAAUUGUUAGAUUUAAUCACCCUUUGUCUGAACUCCGCUACCUAUUUAUCUACUUAUUGACUAACCUAGCCCCAACUUCUCUCCUGUUUAUGUUGAUAAAUUCGCUUUAACUUCCUAUCCCUCAGUAGGAUGCGAUUUCUGUAUCCCCACCCAUCAUAUCAACCAUGACUUCUUCCAAUGGCCCUUCUUUCAACCAUGCGGAUCAGCCGGAUUCUCAACACCGAUUGCUGCAGCGCGAUUCAACUCUGACGGUUGCUCAGUCGGUUUCUCUCACUAUCGGAGCCGACUCCCUUCUUGUUGCCGACGAGCGCCCAAAGUCAAAAGAUCAGCGCGCAUGCUGUGGCUUGUUAACCAAGUCAACUAAAUCUACCCAUCCCAUUAGACUGUAUAAUAUUCUUGACGCUGGUCUUUCCCCUGCGGGUUUAACCAUCACCUAUGCCAAACCCGUCGCCAAAGAUAGUAUCUCUGUGACUGCCCUCAAUUACCCGAUCGCUGAGACAGAGAAGGCAGCUACGCAGGCAUGGAUUUCACAAUUGCUCGACGUCGCAUAUGGUGAAGCGCAACGGUACAAAAGACUCAAAGUUCUAAUCAACCCAUUUGGUGGUAAAGGUGCAGCUUCAAGGCAAUACCACAACCAUGCAGCGCCGGUCUUUACUGCGGCGCGCUGCAUAGUGGACGUGCAGGAAACAACGCAUCGAGGCCACGCUACCGAGAUCGCAGAGCAAAUCGAUAUUGAUGCAUAUGACGCGAUUGUUUGCUGUUCCGGUGACGGUUUGCCAUACGAGGUCUUCAAUGGUCUAGCAAAAAGAUCGAAUGCUGGAGAGGCACUGACAAAGUUGGCUGUCGCCAUGAUCCCUGGCGGCUCAGGUAACGCCAUGGCAUGGAACCUUUGUGGAACAGGCGAUGCUUCGGUGGCAGCACUCACGAUUAUUAAAGGACUGCGUACGCCCAUGGAUCUAGUCUCUCUCACGCAAGGUAACACUCGCACUCUGUCAUUCCUGUCGCAGGCAUUCGGUGUCAUAGCCGAGUCGGACCUUGGAACCGACAAUAUUCGAUGGAUGGGAGCACACCGCUUCACUUACGGUUUUCUUACGCGGAUAAUGCAACGAACAGUGUACCCAUGCGACCUUGCCAUCAAGGUGGAGAUAGAUGACAAGAGGGCGAUCAAGGAGCAUUAUAAUACCUACGCACACAACCCAGCUCCGCACCGUUCUCCCGAAGAGGCUGUGGAACAAUCCAAGGGUCUUCCUGAGCUCAAAUACGGCACUGUUCUCGAUGAUCUUCCCAAAGACUGGGAAGUCAUCCCAGGCGAAGAAAUGGGUAACUUCUACGCAGGCAACAUGGCUAUUGUGUCCAAGGACACAAGCUUUUUCCCGGCCUCCGUGCCUAACGAUGGGCUAAUGGACAUUGUCACUAUCAAUGGCACAAUUGCACGUACUACCACCCUAAAGAUGAUGACCGCAAUUCCUGAUAAUGAAUUCUUCGACAUGCCCGAUGUCAAGAUCCGCAAAGCGACCGCCUACCGCCUAAUCCCUCAUCAGAAGGAAGGUUAUAUCAGCGUUGACGGUGAAAGUAUACCGUUCGAGGCCUUCCAAGCGGAAAUUCAUAAAGGCCUCGGCACGGUGCUCUCAAAAUCGGGGCAUCUCUAUGAGGCAGAGGGCCCGAGGCCAUGAUGCCAUAACUAGAGUGUCCUAGUUAGAGUAAAGGACAUAGAGGAGAAAGGACGGCGGCAACCGCGAUGUCUUUUUGUUAUUUAUCCAUAUACUUACUAUUACUGGUCUUUGCACUCUAUGAUACCCUCGCGCAAGACUUUGGAAGAAGCACAGGCAUGCUUUUCGUGUGGUCGGCUUAGGACCCUCCAAGCUUGAUAUCAUUAGCCAGAACUGGCUAGUAACUUGGAUAGCUCCUACUCGGCGUUAUAUAAUGUAUACACUUAGCGAUAGAAUUC